AUGACCGACUCUUUCGUCGCCAACUCCCACAUUCUACAUCGCAACUUCGCGACCCGACCCUCAAAAGUCACAAAGGGAAAUGGAAUAAGCUUCACCCUAGAAGAUGGCACUCAAAUAAUAGACGCCAGCUGUGGACCGUCCGUCUCCUGUCUAGGCCACAGCCAAUCGGAGAUCUUUGACGCAAUAACCAACCACCUACAAAAUGACAUCGCAUACGUGUAUUCAGGAAGUCCCUACACGAACCAAGCAACAGAAGAUCUUGCAACGCUCCUUCUAUCCUCGAAGCCAGGUGGGCUCUCAAAGGCCAUCUUUGUCAACUCCGGCAGCGAAGCUACAGAUGCUGCCCUGAAGCUUGCUGUGCAAUAUUGGCAUGAACGGGGCCAGCCGCAGCGGACACAUUUCAUUGCUCGAAAGCAGAGUUAUCACGGGAAUACAAUUGGUGCGCUUUGUGUUUCUGGGCAUGAGUCGCGACGGGCAUUUUAUAAGGACUUCAUGUCGAGGAAUGUCUCUUUUGUUGAUCCUUGUUAUGCGUAUCGGAUGAAAGUGGAUGGUGAGGGUGAUGAGGCAUUUGUGAAAAGGCUAGCAAGUCAAUUUGAAGAGGAGAUCUUGAGGGUUGGCCCUGAUAAUGUUGCUGGGUUUGUGGCGGAGACCGUUUCUGGGACUACGCUUGGCUGUGUGCCUGCUGUUCCGGGAUAUUGGAAAGCUAUUCGGGAGAUUUGUGAUCGAUAUGAAAUUUUGCUAAUUCUGGAUGAGAUUAUCUGUGGUAUGGGUAAGACUGGCACCAUGCACGCUUGGGAGCAGGAAUGUAUCCGGGGCCCUGACAUCCAGACCAUUGGAAAGGCCCUUGGCGCAGGCUUUGUGCCUUUAUCUGGUGUCCUGCUCCACGAAAAGAUAUUCAAGGCUUUGUCUGCCGGAUCUGGUGGACUAGCUCACGGACAUACUUUCCAGGCCCACCCUCUUGCCUGCGCUGCGGCUAUUGCAGCACAAAAUAUCAUCCAACGUGACAAUCUAGUACAGAAAGUUAUGGACGGUGGUCAAAAGUUAGAGGCCGCCCUCCGGAGAGAGAUUGAACCCCUUCCCAUGGUUGGUGAUAUUCGUGGCCGCGGUCUCUUUUGGGCUGUGGAAUUCGUCCUCCACAAAAACACAAAGAAGCCAUUCCCUCUCGAAGCAAACUUUUCGAACAAGGUUGUUGCCAGUGCUCUCAGGCGUGGAGUGAAUAUACUGGGCAACUUAGGUCACACUGGCACAUAUCAGGUUGAUCAUGUUCUUGUCUGCCCGCCCUAUAUAGUGACAGAGGGAGAUAUCGAUCAGAUUGUGGCUCUUGUGAAGGAUGCUAUUGUUGAGAUAAGUGAGCCUUUUAUUUCGCGAUUUUGA